CUCAUUAUGUCAGAGUAUUUUAUUGAUCAAGAAAAGUAUUUCUAUUGGAUACUAUUGCAUAUGUACGGAGAAUUAUGCGUUGCAACAGCUAUAAUGUUAGCAACAGGUUCAAUGUUCGUCUCAUAUCUUCUGCAUACCUGUGGAAUGUUUAGAAUUGCUAGUUAUCGUAUCAACCAUGCAGUAAAUAUUAAUACCAUACAAAAUAUUACGUUAAAAAAUAAGGUUUUCAUGACCAAGAGCAUAAUUUGUGCUAUAGACAUUCAUCGUCAAGCUAUGAAGUUGUCCAAGCAUUUAGUGUCCUCAUUCGAGAUAACGCUGCUUUGUUUCACUGGAGGAGUAGUUGUUUUCUUUACUCUCAAUUUGUAUCGAGUAAGUUUCCAGUUUCGUGUAAUAAUGUACAAUGUUCAAUGGUAUAGAACACCAUUACAUGUACAAAAAAUAAUAUUAUUCUUAUUGCAAAGGGACACCAAGAAGUUUACUUUAAACAUCGGUGGAAUAAUUGAAGGAUCCGUAGAGCACUUUGCCUCGGUAAUAUGA